AUGCGAGAUACCACUGAAGCGUUCAAAGAUUCCAUCGUAAAUAUCAAUUCCUCCAUCAAGAAUGUAAAUAGCACAAUGCUCAAAUAUAAUGAAGAGCUUAAGGGUACUGAAAAUUCUGAAAAUGCAGAGAGUGUCUUAGGAAAAAGACGUGAUACUGUGCCAGAUGGUUAUGAUUUUUUGUCUGAAAGUGAUGGCAAUGAUUCCCCUUGUGAAAUGGCAAUCAAACGAAGAAUGAUUCAGAAUGCUUCACCAUCAUUAAUUUCAAUAAUGGAGAAGUAUCGUGUAAAACAAACCACUUCGAAAUUUGACUUUAUCCUGGAUCUUACACCCAAGUCAAAAAUAGAAGGAGAAUUUGAGCCAAAGUUAUGGGCAGAGCUCAUAGCCGAUCGACCUGUCAUAGCCGAAACCGAAUAUCAUAAAGAAAUUGAAUCCAUUUGCGAUCACCUAUUUAGUCCUCUUUGUAAAAAACAAUACAUGACCGAAAUUCGAAUAUAUAUGAUGGAAAAACGUGAUGUAUAUCGACUUCAUCUCUUAAAAUCAUUCAAUCUACCCCUGUCAUAUUCAUCUUAUGGCAACCUUCGUCUUGCUCUUUCGUGGGCUUGGAAUAUUAAGGGUCUUGUUGAAAAUUUAUCAUUUGAAUUGGAUGAUAGAGAAUCUGUUUCUUCUAAAACACCUGAACGAGAUCCACCUAAUGAAAUGAAAACUGACGUAACACCGGAAAAAUCAAAAAAGAAAAAACUUUGA